CUGCUGUGCCACGUGUAACAUUCUAUGCUAUCGUGCGCCGGUCUCUGUUUUUGUCCUCCGACUUUGAAGCCUUCAAAAUCAAAUGCAUUCAUAUUUAAUAAGUCCUACUUGUUAAUAAUAAUAAUAAUAAUUAAUAAUAAUGCAAACAGAGAUAAAAAUAUAUAUAUUAUUUUUUUUUUAAAGAAAAAAAGUCAAGCUUUAUCUCCCAUACCAUAUCCCAAACUUUCUUCCAACCUCAUAUAUUAACAAAUCUUUGAUAUUUCUCUCUUUCACUGAGAUUUUCUUGGGUUUUGAUUAAUUUUCUUUGAUGGGUGUUUUUUAUUUACUGAUCGUAAAAUUUCCAACGUAUAAAUUAUCCGGCUGUCUUCGUUGACGAGCUUUCUCUUUCCAUAAUUAGCUUUUUCGUCCACCUCUCUUGAAUUCAGAGCUUUCUUCAUCAGAUCUUUCAUAUUUAUCCUUUUAUCUUUUAUUCUUUUCUCUUUUUUUUUCUCAUCAUAGAAAUUCUUGCGCUUGUUAUGAUUCUGGUUUGAGCGAUUUUCAAGGAAAUAGAAGAAGAAGAUGAUGAUGAUGACAAUGGAGGGUAUGAUGGAUAGAGGGGUAUUGGAUGAUAUACUAAGGAGGCUAUUAGAAGGAAGAGGAGGCAAACAGGUUCAGCUCUCCGAGGGAGAGAUUCGUCAACUCUGCGUCAACGCUCGCCAAGUGUUCCUCUCUCAGCCCAAUCUUCUCGAGCUCCAUGCUCCUAUUCGAAUCUGCGGUGAUAUACAUGGACAAUACCUUGAUUUAUUGAGGCUAUUUGAAUAUGGCGGAUACCCUCCUGCUGCAAACUACCUCUUUCUUGGUGACUAUGUGGAUCGAGGCAAACAAAGUCUAGAGACAAUAUGUUUGCUUUUGGCCUACAAAAUAAGAUAUCCUGACAAAAUUUUCCUCUUGAGAGGAAAUCAUGAAGAUGCAAAGAUUAAUCGUAUUUAUGGUUUCUAUGAUGAGUGUAAAAGGAGGUUUAAUGUCAGACUUUGGAAGAUUUUUACUGACUGCUUCAACUGCUUGCCUGUGGCAGCACUCAUCGACGAUAAGAUACUAUGCAUGCAUGGAGGGCUUUCUCCAGAUCUUCAUAAUGUGAACCAAAUAAAAGAAAUUCAAAGGCCUACUGAAAUCCCAGAGUGUGGUCUUCUCUGUGAUCUUCUUUGGUCUGAUCCUGAUAGUACAAUUGAGGGCUGGGCAGACAGUGAUCGAGGUGUUUCCUGUACGUUUGGAGCUGACAGAGUUGCUGAUUUUUUAGAGAAGAAUGAUCUUGAUCUCAUUUGUAGAGGUCACCAGGUGGUAGAGGAUGGAUAUGAGUUUUUUGCAAAAAGAAGAUUAGUCACAAUAUUUUCAGCUCCAAACUAUGGUGGGGAGUUCGACAAUGCAGGUGCUCUACUGAGUGUAGAUAAAGGUCUAGUGUGUUCUUUCGAAAUUUUGAAACCAAUGAACCAUAAAGCAUCAUCCAGUAGUUCCAAUGCAUCUCCAAUAACUCUGAAAAAGCCUCCUAAAACUGGAAAGAUCUAACUUUAAACAAGUUUCCUACAUGGAGAAGUUCUAAUGGUGAUUUCCUUCAUUUCGGGUGAAAGAUUCAGAGAGCUCCAUUUCAAUGCUAUGAGUUCAAAUUGUGUGUGCAAGUGAGAUUGGGAGAAAAAAGUGUCCCUUCCUAAUCCACCCACAUGAUCUAACCAUCACGAGAUUAAAGCUUUGCCAUUGUCCAUUUUAGUUGCACCGAAAUUCUUUGUAAAACUUGUAAAUCUUUAUAUAUUUUUAUGUAUUGUUGCGUGUGCAGGAAAGAGGUUUAUGUGGUUUAGGGUGGAAUUUGUGAGAAGUUGAGAAAAAGGCUUGCAUUAAUUUUGUUUUGUUUUGUGUAAAAUCCAAGUUUCACCUACAGUGUUAUGUUGCUCCCGGUAAGUGAUUUUACUGACUUUGUUAACAGCUAAAUUAUAAAAUGACCAAAUAACAGAUGACUUCAAAUAUUAUGCUGUUAUUUCUUA